UCAGCGCACGACUUGCUGCUGCGGCCAUCAAAUUUGAACACUGAGCGGACACAACCGGAACAGCUGACCGCGAAUUGUUGGAUUUCGUGUUGUGGGUUAUUUUCAUUCACCAUGGCAUCCAGGAGUAAUUCGUACAAGAUGAAAGCAUCAACAAUGGAUAAGCGUGAAAAGAGGAUUUUGAGAGUGCAUCGGCGAUCGAUUGACCAGCGCGAAAUGCGUUUAGACGAAGUGAAUAGACGACGGAAUCUCGACAAUUUGACUCCUGUUUUGGAAUCGAAAAAUGGUUCCAAACAUACAUCUAGGACAGGGACACCCAGUACUAGCAAUCAAAAUGAAGCACUGUCACGUCUGGACAAACUGAGGAAGUGGAAGGAGGAGAGGGAGUUGAGAAAAAAGCUUGCGUCUAUGGAAAAUGCCAGAAAUAAACCUGGCUUUAAGAUCAGUCAUCUCACACACCAUGAUAAUGUACUGUACAAGAAAGAUACUGCUAGCAGCAGCAAACCUUUGCAAUUUAAUGGCAAACCACAAAGGGUUGUCCAACCCAGGCCACACCAGUCAGCUAGCACUAAAAAGCCAGAGGCAAAACCAGUAAGUACUACAAAAAGUGUUUUUGUCAGAAAGCAGACAGAUUCAGUAAAGCAGCCUGCACCAGCCAAAGUUGAGGCAACAGUAAAAAAGCCUGAACUGGUAAGCAAAAGGACAAAUUCUGCAAAUUUGUCAAACUAACACCAAGCCAGUCCGUAAAAACGUGUCAUCACCGAAGACCCUGAAAAAACUGCCGUCUAAAGAAAAAGUUAACCCACCAAGAGGUGGAAGGGGACAUUUCAUGGCACCAACAGCUGCGUCAAAAUCUAGAGCUUUAAAUGCCAAAAAUGAGAAGCCAAAGCUGGCAACAGUUACCAAGAAGCCUGCAAGAAAUGAAGGUGUUCUGCAGAGCUCAGGUAUCGUGUCAACUCAUCCUGAGAACCUCGUUGGAGUGGGAGAACCUUCAUUUGCUCCAAGUGACUUUAUCUUUGAAGCCCCUAGCAGCAUUCCUUCAUUUGUCUUUAGACCUCUGAGUCCAGCAAGUGCUGCAGGGUUUUUGUUUCCAAACAGCAGCGUCAGUAGCACUAUGUUCAGUGCUUUUAAUGAUGAUGUUGGAAGAACCUCCACACCAAAGAAAACCUCAGCAAGUGUUUCAAUGUUCCAGCAAGAGCAUAGGGGAGGACAAGAUGAAAUCAUGGCACUAACUACAAAUAAAAUCUGUGAUAAUGAAGUAGCAAAACAAGACACUUUGCAGACUGAAGAGCAAACAAAUGAAUCUAAUGCAUACAAGGAGGCCAAAUCACCAACUGUUGUUACCAGUGAGCACAGAGCUGGGCUAACUACUUGCAACAAAAAUUCUGAGUUCCCUGAUGAUGCAAACAUAAAAGAGUUGACUGCUAUUAGAAGGGAGACUUUUGAAAAGCUCUGAGUGAGCUUCCAAUGAGCACUGAAAACAAAGCUACGGUGCAGGUGCCUUCUACUGCUGUGACAUCUGAUUCUGGAAUGGGUUUGAGUGCCAAUGACCUGGAGACAGAUUCACCAGUGCUGAAAGUUGCUGACAGCAGUGCUAAUGAAGAAAACAAUGACGUUUUUCUUGCUGAUGAUGAUGAAGCUAUUGGUGAUGCAAUCAGCUUAAAAUCAGCCAACGAACAGUUAGCAGAUGUGAAAAAAGGGGAAAACAAGACAGAGCAUUCCAGUGUUAGCAGCUCUGAAGAACACAGCAAGGGAAGUAAUAAUCAGUUCCUAGCUGCUGAGAAGGGCUCACUUUCCUUUGCCAGUCUCAGACACAGAAAUGCGAACCACUCGAUCCAGAAGUAGAAGUUUUGGAGCCUUGAGACCAUCAUCUAAAAAAGACACAAAUGCUUUGGACGCCAAAUUAUAUGAGAAUCAGCAGUCAUUGACAGAAGUAAUAGCAGUGCAGGAGGAGUUGCUAAAUACAGAUGUGAUUAUAUCUGGGAAACAGUCGAAGAAGCAGAAGCUAGUUUUAGAUCAAACUAACACUAGCAUUAUGCAGAAAACUCCUCUCAGACGGAGUUCUCGGUUAGUUGCAAGAGCUGAGACAGAGUCAAUCGAUGAGCAGAACGGAGCAACUAAUGAAAAAGAGUCUACGCCAUUGCUGAGAUUGCAUAGAAGCCACAGAUCAUCUGUGCCAAAAACAUUCAUUGACUCUAACGUGGACACAUCACACAUGGAAACUCAUGCAACUCCUAUAGGCAAGCGUCGUCAGAGUAAAAGAUUAUUAGCAGCUGCUGUGGAAUCACCUAUAUCAUCUGUGAUGAAAGAGUUGACUGGUGAAGAUACUCCUUCAAAGUUGGUGGCUGCCACCAUAGGAGACACUCAAAUGUCCACACCUCAAUGCAGCAACACAGAAAUGGAGAUGAAUGAAGAAAAGGACAAGGGAUGUUCACCAGGUUAUGAAAAUGAUGGUAUGAAGAGUCCAUAUCAAUUAAGAAGACGUCGCAGCACAUCUUUCCUCACACCUGGUCCGCCUUUGUCAUCUGUCAAAAGAUCAAAGGCCAAACGACGACGUACAGAUAUUAUGAUUGCUUUAGCUUCAGCUAAGAGUCCUGAAGAAGCGAUCAAAAUUAUAGCUACAAGCCCAAUGGUAGAAAUGACUCGUCGCACACCAAAGUCAAAACUGUCACCAGAAUUGAUAAGAAACACUACAGCUGCUUUGUUUGACGAUGAUAACGUGCUGCUGCAAGGGCCACUGCAGCUGUUCCCUGAUCCUGUUGAUGAACAAAAGCCAUCCUGCAGUUCCAAGGAAAAUAGCAAAGACAAAGAGCAUGAAGACGCCUGCGUGCCAGAGAAAAGGGAUGUUUCCUUCUUCCGAGCCUUGUGGGCAACUGAAGUAGAGCAACUGACAAAUCUAGCGGACAAAUGGGAAGCUUUGGGUGAAGAAAUCUCUGGCCUAUGUGAAGAAGUUCAAGGAGAGAUUCGCUCAACUGUAUGUCAAGCUCGCCUUCUGAUGAAGCAGAAACUUCAGCAGUUCUCUGGACUAGUAGAUUCCUGUGAAUCUGGGGAUCCACGUACCACUUGUCAGGACCUACAGGGAUUCUGGGAUAUGGUAUAUAUGCAGGUGGAGGAUGUUGACAACAAAUUCGUGGCCUGGACAAACUCCAGCAAAACAACUGGAAACCAGAGGAAGUGGCUUUUAAGCAAGGCAAGAAUGCAACAAAAAAAAAAAAAAAAAACGGCAAGAGUGACGAAAGCCUCAGGAAAGUCCACGUCCAAGUUUGCUGCAUUCAAGGCCCAGCAUUUAAAACAGAAUAAGUCCACUAAUGCUGAUGCAGAGAUUGCUGAAGAGAAGGUGUUCGAUGCUGGUUUCUUCAAAGUCAGCAGUCCAGUCCGAACUCCUCGUUACCACUGUGAAGCUGGUACACCUACCAAAGUAGAAUUACCAAUUCUACAGAGCACUUGUGGUAAGUCUUCACAAGAGUUGACUCCUUCCUCAAAACAGACUGACAGGCUUUCUGGGGCAUCAGAAAACAAGGAGAAUGUUGCUCACAUUUUUUUGCGUCGAUCAAUGGGAGAAGGGCAUCCCCGUCGUAGUUUCAGCCCCUCUGUACCCAGUCCCCUCCUGAAGGAUUCCACUCCUCGCAGGAAGAGUGUGGAAAGCAGUGGCAAACGGUUGCGUCGGUCAUUGUACCAGCGAAGAAGCCAAGCAGAAGAUAAGUCUUCUGAGAAGGAUGAAUCAAGCGAAGAUUCUUUGAAGUCUCAAGUAGGAGAUGAAGGGAGAGCCUUAUCUGUCCAGAACAGGCGAAGCACUCGCACAUGCAAGUCAGUGUCAUUUGCGGAGUCGAGAGCACACAGGGUGAGCCAGUAGACUUUAUGGCCUACUUACAGCCAAGCUUCGUUACAGCCUCUGACAGUGCUCAGGUCAGCAGCCUUGAGAGCUCCCCAUUCUCUGUAGACAGCCUUCUUGUCCAGGGUGAUAACACUGUUUGCAAUACACCAGCAUCCAGAGCAUUAUCUUGCACACCUUCUGUUCCUGUCUCAGGUGGCAGACAAAGGAGCUGCCUAAAAAAGCUGCCAUCUGUGGAACGACGCAAGAGCAGACGUAGUGUCUCAUUUGUGGCAUCUCCUGCGCUGUCUGGAACCAGAAGCGCCUUUCCAUCAACCCCAUACAAUCGAAAUUCACUAGUUGCAAAUACACGCAUUUUGCGACAGAGUGCAGCCCAUGACAGUCCGCAGAUUGAGUCUACACUGAAUGAGCUUCAAGAUCUUAAGCAAACGCCAAAACUUAGGCGAUCUACAAGACCAAGUCUCCUGUACACUCCUCCACAACAAAAAGGCUGUCAAAAAACACCUGUGAAGGACAUCCCUGUUGAUACUCUUGUGGCUUUCACACCCUGAUAGCCUUCUUGUAAACUCAAGCAUUUAGACAGAAACCAUGCUUUUAAUAUUUCAAACCUGAACUUGGGAAAACAUCGAGAAGGAAAUAUUGUGAUUGUCAAUUGCCAUUCAUUGCCCCUAGAGAGUUUGUUGAUAUCUGUCAUUGUAUUGAUGCUGUAGGUUAUAACUGUGUCAGUACUAGCUGCACCCUCUCCCUGCCAGUAUUAUCAAAUGAUGCUGUGAAGUUGCUUUUCUUUGGGAAGUUUCUUAUACUCUGCAGUUUUGAUUUAUAUUUUUUUCCUUGUGCGUCUGAUUAUUUUUUAAAUGACAUUUUAAUUCCUGAAAUAUGGGGAAAUGUAAUUGAAUCCAUAGACAAUGAAAAGAAAUGGAGGCUGCUGUU